AUGGGCGGAUUCGACUUUUCAAACCAUAACCGCAAUGCUGCUCUGCACGCCCAGGGUAUCCCGCUGCCAAAGGCUACCAGCACCGGAACUACAAUUGUGGGCUGUCUGUUUGACGGCGGCGUCGUCAUCGCAGCUGAUACCCGAGCGACAAGCGGGCCCAUAGUGGCAGACAAGAACUGCGAGAAACUCCACUACAUCGCCCCCCAGAUCUGGUGCGCCGGUGCAGGAACCGCGGCGGACACCGAGUUCACCACUGCCAUCAUCUCCUCAAACCUCGAACUGCACGCCCUCUCGACCGGCCGCAAACCCCGCGUCGUCACCUGCAUGACCAUGUUGAAGCAGCACCUCUUCCGUCACCAAGGUCACAUUGGCGCCUACCUCGUCGUUGCGGGCGUGGACCCCACAGGCGCCCACCUCUUCACCGUGCACGCCCACGGCUCCACGGAUAAGCUGCCCUAUGUGACCAUGGGUUCUGGUUCCCUGGCCGCCAUGUCCGUUUUCGAGACACAGUGGAAGGGCGACUUGACACGCGAGGACGCUGUGACGCUGUGUGCCAAUGCCAUUGAGGCCGGUAUCUGGAACGAUUUGGGAUCUGGAAGCAAUGUCGAUGUUGCCGUCAUCACUGAGGAAAAGACAACGCUGAUGCGCAACUACAAGACACCCAACACCAGGCAGCCCAAGCAGAGGAACUACCGCUUCCAGCGGGGUACCACGGCCGUGCUCAACGAGAAGAUCAUCACAAAGGAGGAGAUUAGCAAACCUUAG